AUGAACAAUUGUUUUCUCCUCGAGGCGGUCGCACAACUCGGGCUCUCGACAGUUCCCCGUGCCUCCUCUCUUCAUACUUGGGUGCCAUGCCCGGCAAGACGCAUGACAGAUACACUGGGUACACGCGGGAGGCUUUGUGCAGCAGACUCAGCACCUGAUAUGCGACCGCCCAUGGCCCAGAAGUGUCCUUUCAUCCUCCGAGUCAUGCAACGGCGAAUUCCAUAUACUUUUAAUUCGCUAGCCUUCAACGGGAAUAUCUUUGAACUACACCACUAG